AUCACCAGCAUGGUUCCCCGGUAUCCUGGCUCAGCCACCACGUCUAGCUUACCGCACGCAAUCGUUCGAAUCCAAGACUAUACUUAAAUUGUUGCAAUGACGAUACUCCUGCCGUUCCACAAAUCAAUCCUUGAGGAGAUUCAUGACCCUGCCACUUCAGACUUGCUCAUCCUUGCCCGUGGGCUUGGUCUUCGUCGUGUCAUAUGCACGCUCAUGCAAAUAUACGACUCAAAGCAAAGUCUUAUUCUACUCCUGAACGCCUCACCGGAAGAGGAAACUGCUAUAGGUGAUGAACUUGGUAUCAUGGGCUGCAGACGGCCUGGAUUGCGAAUUGUGGGUUAUGAGAUGGGAAAGCGGGAUAGACAGGACCUGUAUAAGAACGGCGGCCUCAUUUCUGUCACCUCCCGCAUUCUUAUCGUUGACAUGCUGCAAUCCGACAUUCCAACAGAGCUCAUAACGGGUAUAAUUAUUUUACAUGCUGAAAAGGUCACUGCCCUCUCCCUUGAAGCUUUUAUUGUCCGGCUGUACCGAGAAAAGAAUAAGGCUGGCUUUCUCAAAGCAUUCUCAGACCAGCCGGAGCAUAUCACCAGUGGUAUGUCUCCUCUGAAGAACAUCAUGAAGGAGCUUCAAUUGAGACGCGUUCAUAUCUAUCCUCGGUGUGUGACAUCCUUCCUAGCUGAUGUUCAUGUUGUUCGCCUUCUAGUGCUCGUGUUACCGUCAUUUCUCAUCUAUUCUGGCUCUAGAUUUCACGAAGAAGUCAAAAACACGCUUGAAACCCGUAAAGCGGAUGUCAUCGAGUUGUAUCAACAUCUUACAGAGCCUAUGGAGGCAAUUCACCAUGCGAUAGUCCAAUGUAUGACCGUCACCCUCUCCGAGCUCAAAAGAUCUAACAAGACACUUGAGCUUGAUGAUCUUAAUGUAGAGUCCGCAUAUUUCCGUUCCUUUGAUGCAGUAGUCCGCAGGCAAUUAGACCCCGUAUGGCACAAGGUUGGUCCACGGACGAAGCAACUUGUGGGUGACCUCGCAACGCUCAGACGUCUAUUAACGUACCUGCUGUCCUACGAUUCCCUCGCUUUCCACGCCUACCUUGAAACUCUCGUAGCCUCAAAUACGACGACCGCUACGGGUGCAGCUAAACAACACCAGUCCCCUUGGAUGCUCACCGACGCGGCCAACAUUAUUUUUAACACCGCGAAAAGACGAUGUUAUAUCCUCACUACCCCAAAACCCAAGGCCUCGGUUUCCGAGAGGCAAGUGAUUGACGUUGACGACGAAGAUGCAUGGGCUGCCCUUGACGAGGUACAUGGCAUAAUAGGAAGCAAUCGUGGAGAUAAAGGGAAGGAGAAGGAAAGGAAGAAACCAUGGGUUCCGGAUAACAUGUCUCCCGUGCUCGAAGAACUUCCAAAGUGGGAUCUCCUUGCAGAUGUACUUCAGGAAAUCGAGGAAGAGUUGAUGAGACAGGAGGCAGUGUCGACUCGUCCGCCAAUACGCGGGACAAACACGGUGCUUGUCAUGACAUCCUCUCCGCGCUCUUCUACCCUUGUGAGCGAGUUCUUGGGCGAGAUGGACAGUGCUGCUCCGAAAGGCUCUCGUGGACGAUCUAUGAUGGAGCGCAAAUUGCGGAGGUAUCUGUUUUGGAAGGGCGAGAACGCCAGACAAAAACAACCAAGGCACCAACAGCCCCCUCAGUUUUCCGCUCCGCAACCACAGCCUCCAUCGCAACCCGAAGGUGAGAUAAGCGAGGCUUUGAAGAGGAAGGACAAAACGAGACAAGAGCGAAGCGCAAAUCGGAGAAGGGUGCGUGGCGGCGCACCCGCUGUUGCGUCAAGUAAACCAGCAAUCGUGGAUCCAAAAUUGGAGUCGAGAGACGAUGCAGAUGAUAUCGCAACCUUUCUCGCAAGCCAACCCCCAGAUCUCCUUGUCUCCGCUGACGCAGACGCUCUCCUACUUGAAGCUCUUCUCUCAAGCGAAGCAGAACUGGACUUUGAUACGCACUACGGCUUGCUUGCACCUUCGCAGACGGUCGUCGUGCGCGCAUAUACCGAUGACACUGAUGACCAGAUUCUCGCAGAACUGCAGCCAAGGUUCAUCGUGAUGUUUGAACCUAACCUUGAUUUCGUGAGGCGCAUCGAGGUAUACAGAAACUCAAAUCCUGGUAUGGGCGUCCGGGUAUAUUUCAUGAUCUACCAACUCAGUUGCGAGGAGCACAAGUACCUUGCUGGGUUGAGGCGCGAGAAGGACUCAUUUGAGAAGCUCAUCAAGGAGCGCGGAUCUAUGCUUCUGCCAAUCUUCGAAGACAAACACGCCGGGAGAAGCGAUGCAGUCAUCAAAACAAUCAGUACCCGUCUCGCAGGUGGAAGGAGGGAGUUGAGUACUGUGGCAUCGCAGGUGAUCGUUGACAUGCGUGAAUUCCGUUCCACGCUACCUUCGCUGCUACACGCAUCUGGCCUGCUCGUUAUUCCAGCGACACUGACCGUCGGGGAUUAUAUCCUCACGCCUGAUAUUUGCGUUGAAAGGAAGAGCAUACCUGAUUUAGUGGCGAGCUUCAACAGCGGUCGAUUGUACACACAGUGCGAGCUGAUGUCGGUGCACUAUAAGCAACCUGUAUUGCUCAUUGAGUUCGAAGAGAACAAAUCAUUCUCACUUGAGACCGUAGCAGAAUCAACGAAAUUAUACGCCAAACCCACAGGCAAAUAUCCUGCCAAGAAAUCGGCAGGUCCAACCGAUUCUGAUCGCGCUCCACCAUCCAUCCAAUCCAAACUCGUUCUGCUAACUCUUCACUUCCCUCGCGUUCGAAUCAUCUGGUCUUCAUCUCCUUAUGGCACCGCAGAUAUAUUCAACGACCUCAAAGCCAAUGCCUUCGAGCCCGACCCUAACCGCGCGAUCGCAAUUGGCGCCGAGGAAGACCCAGAGGCGGGCGCAGGUAUCAACGCUGCUGCAGAGGAGCUGCUCCGAUGUCUACCAGGAGUGACAGCGAAGAAUGUCAAAUAUGUUAUGAGCAAGGUGGGGAGUGUCAGGGAAUUAUGCGAGCUUGAUAGAAAGGGUGUGCAAGUCAUUUUGGGUGUUGAACCAGGGAAUGCGUGUUAUGACUUUAUGCAUCGGGGGGAGAGGAAGAAAGCUUGAGGUGCUUUAUGAAUUGCGUUACGUUAGUGCAACUUUUUGUUCCCGAGAACAUGAUGUCUUUUGUUUUUAGCUCAAAAUUGUGAAUCGUGAUUCCAACGUGGCGGUUGUGGUUUU